AUAAUAAUGGCAGAUGAUACAACUCUUACGGAAGAACAACAACAACGUAUUGAACAUAAUCGAAAAAAGGCUUUAGAAAGACUUGCAUUGUCUAAAAAAAGAACAGCUGAUAAUCAAGAAGAAGAACAGUCAAACAGUAGUCGAACCAACAAUAAGAAAGCAAGAUGGACAACUUUUUAUGAAUAUGAUCUUAGUACUUUUGAAAAUACAAAAGGUGGUUUUAUUAUAGACGAAGCUGUAGAAGAAAAAGUUAAUCGAUUUAAAGAAGAAGCAACCAAAAUUGAUCCCUAUAUACCCUAUCCUUUGGAUCCUAUGACUGCUCCUAAAUGUAAAGAUUGUCAAUCAAUGGAUAUAGAUCCUAUUUUUUUCCAAGUCUUCCAUAUUUCAGUAUGCCGAGCUUGCAAAGAAAAAUAUCCUGAACGAUAUAGUUUGAUUACAAAAACUGAAGCUAGAGAAGAUUAUCUAUUAACAGAUCCUGAAUUGAAAGAUAAAGAAUUAUUACCUCAUUGGUCCAAGCCUAAUCCAAGGAAAGCGACAUGGAAUAAUAUGAUGCUUUAUGUUCGUGAAAUGGUUGAAGAAUAUGCAUUCAAGAAAUGGGGAGGACCUGAAGGAUUAGAUGCGGAAUAUGAACGGAGAGAGACACAAAAAAAGGAGAAGAAAGAUAAAAAGUUCAAGGAGAAGUUGGCGGAUUUACGGCGAAGAACAAUGACAAGUAAUCGUGAACGAAAACGACAGGAAGGUCCACAUAAACAUAUAUUUGGUGAAUCAGAAGAAGAUGAAAAUGGAAAUACCAUCCAAAGAUGUACAGAAUGUAAUUUAGUGAUAGAAUCAGAAGAAUUUUAGUGAAUAGUUUUUAGAUGAUAGAUUUUUGUAUAUAUAUAAUAAAUCUUUUGAUGAUUAUCAUCUCUUUUUUUUU